GGAGGGCUCGGGGGCUGCUGGAUGCGGAUCCCGUGCCGCGCGGCGCCGUUAUCUCCACUACCGCGGAAAAAGACCGGGACCGAAGAGAGCCUUUCGGAGCCCAGCCAGUGCUUUUGCCUCGCUGCCGUCGGCAAAGGAAGAGCCCUGCGCUCCCGCGGGCAGGACGAUGCCCCUCCAGCUGCUCUCAGGGACCGUGCUGCUGGGAGCCGCCCUCCUGCUCGCAGGAUCUAGUUCAGGAUCAAAAUUAAAAGUUCCUGAGCUGAGUAUAAAUGGCACACAGCACGUUGUUCAAGCAGGCCAGACUUUAAAUCUCACCUGCAGGGGGGAAAUGGUUCAUUCAUGGUCUUUGCCUGAAACACUAAGUAAGGAUAGCAAAAGGCUGAAAGUAAUUAAAUAUGCCUGUGGAAGGAAUGGGAAGCAGUCCUGCAGCAGUCUGACCUUGAGCAGAACUCAAGCAAGUGACACUGGAAACUAUAGCUGCAAAUAUCCAACAAGCCCAGCAAAAAAGAAGAAGGAAUCAACAGUCUACGUAUUUAUUAAUGAUACAGGCAAUCCAUUUGUAGAGAUGCACAGUGACAUACCUAAAAUCAUACACAUGACUGUGGGAAGAGAAAUGAUCAUUCCUUGCAGAGUCACGGCACCAAACAUUGCUGUUACUUUAAAAAAGAUUCCACGAGAAACCCUAGUUCCUGAUGGCAAGACAAUAAUCUGGGACAGCACAAAAGGUUUCAGAAUACCUAAGGCAACCUAUAAAUUCAUAGGGCUCCUGAGCUGUGAGGCAACGGUCAAUGGACACAAGUACAGCACAAAAUACCUAACACACCGAGAAACCAACACAAUUUUUGAUGUUCAGUUAAGCACCCCACGUCUUGUCAAGAUGCUGAAAGGAGACAGCCUGGCAAUUAACUGCACUGUCACUGCAGCCUGGAAUACCAGAGUGCAGAUGACGUGGACUUAUCCUGGAGAGGGAAGGAGGAGAGGUUCUGUAACGCAGCGCAUUGACCAGAAGAACACAGAGGCCAACAUUUUUUACAGUAUCCUUGUCGUUGACAAAGUGCGGGAUAUCGAUAAAGGCCAAUACACCUGCCACGUGAAGAGUGGGCCAUCAAUCAAAGCUGUUAACACAACAGUCAUUGUUUAUGAUAAAAUGUUCAUUAAUUUGAAACGUCGACGAAAAACUGCGCUGGAGACCGUAGCUGGAAGAAAGUCCUAUCGUUUGUCAAUGAAAGUGAAGGCAUUUCCCUCUCCAGAGGUUAUAUGGUUAAAAGAUGGGCUACCUGCUGCGGAGAAGUGUGCCCGGUACAUGGUUAAAGACUAUUCGUUAAUCAUAAAGGAUGUUGCCGAGGAAGAUGCUGGAAACUACACUAUAAUACUGAGCAUACGGCAGUGGAACUUGUCUAAGAAUCAUACAGUCACUCUUAGAGUAAAUGUGAAACCCCAGAUAUAUGAAAAUGCUGUGUCAUCAUUCCCCGAUCCCAAUCCAUAUUUACUGAGCAGCAAGCAAGUGCUGACUUGCACCGUGUAUGGUAUUCCUCAGCCUAAAAUCACGUGGAUGUGGUAUCCCUGUAGACAAAACCAUUCCAAAACAAGGCAUGGAUUUUGCUUUUAUACUGAUGGCGCUUUCAUCCUGAAAGCUGGCAGCAACAUGGGAAACAGGAUCCAGAGCAUCACUGAGAGAACAGCUGUAAUAGAGGGCAAAAAUAAGACUGCUAGCACUCUUGUUGUAGCUGAAGCCAAAUCUUCGGGAAUCUACAGCUGUGUGGCAUCCAAUAAAGUGGGAAAAGCUGAAAGAAAUGUCAGCUUUAUUGUAACAGACGUACCGAGUGGAUUCCAUAUUAGUUUGGAAAAAAUCCCCAUUGAAGGAGAGAAUUUGAUACUGUCCUGUUCGGCCAACAAAUUCCUGUACAGAGACAUUGCUUGGAUUUUACCAAGAACGGUCAACAACCAAACCAAAAUAAGAAGGUCUCUCAACAAGGAGUACUCCGUCACCCUCACUCUGACCAUCAAGGACGUUUCCCUGGCAGACUCGGGCACCUAUGCCUGCCGAGCAAGGAACAUAUACACGGGGAAAGAAGUGCUUCAAAAGAAAGACAUUACAAUCAGAGGUGAGCACUGCAACAAAAAGGCUGUUUACUCUCGGAUCCUCAAAUAUAAGAGCACACGGAAUGAUUGUACAACACAAAGCAAUGUAAAACAUUAAAGGACUCAUUAAACAGUAACAGGUGUCUCAUAUCAUCUUGAUUUUCAUUACUGUUGCUGCCUUUCAGGCCCUGAGGUGGUGCACAAUCCCCCAUGGGUUGGACGUAGGAGGAAAUAGCAAACAAAAUCGUAACGCGUGAGCUUCCAGUUGAGUUCAGACGGGUGUUUUCUGCUUUGACAAGGCAC